AUGGGUUCCUUAACUAAAAUUGUUGUGUUUUUAUACGUAACAUCGGCUGUUUUAUGUACCCCUUUCAUUAAUCAAUUGCAACCAGGGCAAGAAUGGCCUAAACGUAAUUCGGUCAAACAACCAAAUGCUGAGGAAUCUCUAGAUUUAACAAAUGAAGUUGUAACAGAAACCGGGGAUGCCGCUGAGUUUGAUAAAGCGGCUUUAGAAGAACCUGAACCUACUUUAGGAAAAUCGGGGAAGGUAGAUUACACCGGGUGCCAAGUAUGGAAAGUUUCCACAGCAAAAGCUGGUGCUAAGGCAGUUAUUAAUAAGCUGUCAUCCGAUAAACUGAUAGCGUCAUGGGGAGGAAGCGAAUCAUCAAUCGAUGUACUGAUCAAACCAAAAGUAAUUGAAAACGUGACAACUGUUUUAAGAAGUAAAGACAUACCAUACUCCAUUAUGAUUGAAGACCUACAGCAAAGAAUCAACGAAGAAAAUCCACCUUUAGACGAAAACGAAAUUGAACUACAGGACAGACGAGGUCACCGCAUGACAUGGAAGCAGUACCACAGAGUAGAAGAUAUCCAUGGUUUUAUGAAUUAUUUAGCUGAAACUUAUCCCUCUAUUAUCAGUGUCAACACAAUUGGAAAAUCACACGAAGGACGCGAUCUUAAGGUAUUACGCAUUUCGGACGGCAAGUCGACCAACAAAGCAGUAUUUAUUGACGGCGGUAUCCACGCACGUGAGUGGAUCAGUCCAGCAGUCGUAACUUACUUAAUCAAUCAAUUCGCUGAAAACUUUGAUGUUGAGACAGAUGACAUCAAAAAUAUCGAUUGGUAUUUUUUGCCGGUUGUUAACCCCGACGGCUAUGAAUACACUCAUAACACAGAUCGAAUGUGGAGGAAAAAUCGCAAGCGAUAUGGCAUAGGAUUCUGCUAUGGAACUGAUCUGAAUAGAAACUUUGGAUAUCAUUGGGGCGGCAAAGGAGCUUCGAUUAACCCAUGUAGUGAAAUUUAUCGAGGUGAAGCUGCCUUCUCUGAGCCUGAAUCUAAAGCUAUCUCUGAUUUCUUUGCAACAACAGCUACGAAAUUUACAGCGUAUCUGACAUACCAUAGCUAUGGCCAGUAUUUAUUGUACCCAUGGGGCUAUGACAACACUCUACCACCAGACUACAAAGAAUUGCAAUCCGUUGGAGAAGAAAUUGCUGAGUCUAUAAGAAAGGCAGGUGGUUCAGAAUACACAGUGGGUUCAUCCAGUGGACUACUCUACUCUGCAGCUGGAGGUUCCGAUGACUGGGCUAAGUCUUUGGGAAUCAAAUACACAUACACUAUCGAACUCAGUGACACUGGACGUCAUGGCUUUGUAUUACCAGCAUCAUACAUUAAACCUGUUGCUAAGGAGAACUUAGCUGGACUGAGAGUUUUAGCUCAAAAAGUAAAUGAAGCAUAA